GUCACAACAAAACCUACUAUUGGUUUUAAUGUAGAAACUUUAACUUAUAGAAAUUUGAAAUUGAAUGUGUGGGAUUUGGGUGGCCAGACUUCUAUCAGACCUUAUUGGCGUUGUUAUUACGCUGAUACUGCUGCUGUUAUAUUCGUAGUGGAUUCAACAGAUAAGGACCGUAUGUCCACUGCUGCAAAAGAACUGCAUUUGAUGUUACAGGAGGAAGAACUACAAGAUGCUGCGUUGUUAGUGUUUGCAAAUAAGCAAGAUCAACCGGGUGCCUUGAGUGCAAGCGAAGUUUCAAAAGAAUUGAACCUGGUGGAAUUAAAAGAUAGAAGUUGGUCAAUUGUAGCCUCAAGUGCAAUCAAAGGUGAAGGUAUCACCGAAGGGUUGGAUUGGCUGAUCGAUGUUAUAAGAGAAGAACAAUUAUAG